AUAAAACCGGAGUCGUUGUUUUUGUUGUGUGUCAGGAAGCAAAUUGGGCGUGUAAUAUCGCUUCAACUGAAAAUUAAUACAGUACUCUUGGCAUUUCAUUGGAGUCUUUAAGAGUUAUUUUACCUUGGAAGCGUACACGUCAACAAACAGCGUUCUUACAAAUCAAGAAAGGACACCCCUCCUGCAUGGUCAGUGUCUCGUGCAGAGAUGGUGAUGGAGGAACGGGCGCGGAGCUGCCUCUUGCGCCUUCGCCACAAACUGGAGGAGGACAUCAAGCCCACCUAUCUCAUGGACCACAUGAUCAGCGAUGGCGUCAUGACUGUGGAAGAAGAGGAGAAGAUCAAGACACAAUCCACCAGGAAGAAUCAAGCUGCCGCCCUGCUUGACCUCUUGCUGAGGAAGGACAAUCGUUCCUACAUUUCUUUCUACAAUGCUCUGGUUAAAGAGGCAUAUGAUGAUUUGGCCAAUCUGUUGCGAGCUGAUCUACCUUGUGUUUCAUACGGAGAUCAGAAUGGCUCUUCUGACCAUCAUACGCCAUAUGUCCAGACCAUGCUAAGUGAAGGUGGGGUACCACAAAGGCCUGUAGUAUUUGUCAGCAGACCAGAGCUGAUCAAUCGGGUUCGGGAGAAACUUUUUCGCCUCCAGAAAGACUCUGGCUGGGUUACAAUCUAUGGGAUGGCUGGUUCGGGCAAGUCUGUGCUUGCUUCUGAGGCUGUUAGACAUCAUGGACUCAUCGAAGAGUGUUUUCCUGGAGGGAUCCACUGGCUGCCUAUUGGUCAGCUGGACAAACCAGACCUGCUGGUAAAGAUCCAGUCAUUGUGUUUCCGCCUGGAGCAGAGCCUGGAUGAAAAGUCAGUCUACCCCAACUCUCUGGACGAAGCCAAGGAGCGUCUGCGCUUCCUCAUGUUGCGCAAGUAUCCAAGAUCCCUACUAAUUCUUGAUGACAUCUGGGAUAGCUCUGUGGUGAAAGUGUUUGAUAUACAAUGCCGGAUUCUUAUGACCACCAGAAACAGAGGCAUCGCUGAUUCUGUUGGUGGUUUCAAACAUGAGGUGGAAGUAGAAAGUGGUCUGGAUGAGAAAAAGGCAAUGGAGAUCUUGGCUCUGUACACUGAAAAAAAGCCCCACACUCUGCCAGAAGAAGCUCGUGGUAUCGUUAGAGAAUGUAAAGGCUCUCCUUUGGUGGUGUCUCUAGUCGGUGCUCUGCUGAAAGAGAAACCCAACCGCUGGCUUUAUUACCUCCACCAGCUGCAGCAGAAGCAGUUCAAGCGCAUCAGGAAGUCGUCCUCUUACGACUACGACGCCUUGGAUCAGGCCAUGGCUGCGAGCAUCGAGGUUCUGCCUGAGGACCAUCAAGAUCUCUACAAAGACUUUACCGUGUUGGAAAAGGACGUCAAGAUCCCAGCUAAGGUGCUGUCUGUUUUGUGGGAUCUGGAGCCUGAGGAAGUAGAGGACAUUCUCCAGGAGUUUGUCAACAAAUCUCUGCUCUUUGUUGACAUCCACAGUAAACCUUAUUUGUACUACCUUCAUGACCUCCAGCUGGAUUUUUUGGUGGAGCAGAAUCGGGAACAUAUUGAGAGCCUUCACACUAAGGCAGUGCGUCAGUAUCAGCAGCACUACAAAGACGGUCCUUCCACUUCAGGAGACGAGGAAUGUCUCUAUUGGAUCCGAUUUUUGACCUACCACAUGGCCAAAGCCAACCUCUCCCAGGAGCUCUACUCGCUCAUGUUUUCACUGGACUGGGUCAGCAUCAAGGCCAAGAUAAUGGGUCCAGCACUCCUCAUUAAUGACUACGUGGAGUAUGGGUCCAUUCUUGACAAAGAGAACAGUGAAGUUCGCAGUCAGUUCCAGGAGUUUUUGUCUCUGAGCGCCCACCACCUGGAGCAGCGUCCUUUCCCUGAUGUCCUUCAGCUCGCUCUGUCUCAGCCACACACCUCAGAGGUCUACAGGCAGGCUCGACAGCAGGCCCAGAACCGGGCCAAGAGGGGCAAACUCUACUUUGACUUGAUAAACAAGAGCAGUGUAGAGAAUUUGUCUCGGUUAGUGAUCCAUCCUCACCAGGGCUCCAUCUAUUCUGCCUGCUUCUCCCAUGAUGGAACCAAAGUUGCCUCUUGUGGAGCUAACAAGAUGCUUAAGGUGUUUAAAAGUACCUCAGGUGAAAAGCUCAUCCAAAUCCACGCCCAUGAUGAAGAGGUGCUUUGCUGCGCCUUCUCCCCUGACGACCGUCUCCUAGCAACAUGCUCAAGUGACAGGAGGGUCAAGGUGUGGAACGCAGAACAAGGCAAGCUGCUGAGGGCCUUCCUGGAGGAGCACGAGGAACAGGUUAACCACUGUGAGUUCACCAACACGACACAGAAGCUCCUUCUGGCCACCUGCUCCAACGACGAAAUGGCCAACGUCAAGUUUUGGAAUCUCAACAAGCCCGCCUCCCAGAACACCUUGUUUGGCCACUUCGAGCCAGUGAAACACUGCUGCUUCUCCCCUGAUGAUAGCUACUUGUCCACUUCCUCCGUUGACGGAACUGUUAAGUUGUUUCAGGUCUCGACUGCCAACGAGUGGAAGACGAUCAAUGUGAAGAGCGUGUUUUCUGACUGCGACAACGAAGAGGUUUUUGUCAAGUGCAGCACCUGGACCGCCGACAGCAAGCGCAUCAUUUGUGCUACGAGACAUGUUGUUUUGGUAUUUGAUGUGGAGACAACAGACAUGCUGUUGGAGAUAAAGACCAAUCGUCUGGGCACAGUGCAAUACUGUCAUGCCUGUCCGACCAGCAACCUGCUGGCAAUCGCAUUCUCAAACUACACUGUAGAGCUGUGGGACCUUGAAGCCAAUAAGAAAAAGGCUGACUGCAGCGGCCACCUGAGCUGGAUUCAGCGUGUGCAGUUUUCUACCGACGGCUCCCAGUUGCUCUCCUGCUCAGACGACCAGACUGUCAGGUUGUGGGAGACAACAAAGGUCCACACGUCUUCAGCCGUCUGCCUGAAGAGAGACUCGGACGUCCUCUUCAACGAUGAGGAAAUUAUAGUGUCAGCUGCAGACAAUUGCAACAGACUGCAGGUGCGUGACGGCAGAACGGGAUCAGUGCUGUUCCAAUCGGAGGAGAUGUCGUCCAGGAUCAGAAGUACCUGUCUGUGCAGGGAGCAGUCUGCUGUGGGCCUGGGCCAUGAAAAUGGCACCGUGCAGGUGUCAGGACUGACAGCUAGUCAGGUGCUAAGGACAGUUGGCUGCAGGAUCCGGCGCCUGCUGACCCCCUGCAGGGGGUCGGUGCUGGCAGUCGCUCUGUGCUCAGGCAGCGUGCAGAUCCUGGAGGUGCCCUCCGGGAAGCUUUUAGCCACUCUGCAGGGGCACACUAAGACCGUGCUUCACUGCCAGUUCUGCCAGAGUGGCCAAACGCUCAUCACAUCCUCUGAGGACACCACCAUCAGGGUGUGGAAGUGGCAGUCAGGCGAGUGUAAAGUACUUCAGGGACACAAGGACCAAGUCCGAUGCUUCGCUCUGCUCUCCGACUCAACAAACGACUUGAGACUGCUGUCCUGGUCCUUCGAUGAUACCGUGAAGGUGUGGGACGUUGCGAGCGGAACAAAACUGCAAGACCUGGACGCUCAUCAGGGAGCCAUUCUGUCCUGUCACGUCUCACCAGACAGAUGUCUGUUUGCGACCACCUCUGCUGACAAGACCGCUAAGGUGUGGAGCUGUGAAUCCUGGCAGUGUGAGUACGUACUGAGAGGCCACCAGGAGUGUGUCAGAAGCUGCCGGUUUUCCUGGGACGGCCAGCGCCUCGCAACAGGAGAUGACAACGGAGAGAUUCGGCUCUGGAGUGUCAAAGAUGGCUCUUUACUGAAGAUUUGUUCCCGGGACAGUAAAGACGGCAUGGACUCGCUUCACGGAGGCUGGGUGACAGAUCUCCACUUCUCACCAGACAACUCUCUUCUCGUCUCAACCGGAGGCUACAUCAAGUGGUGGAACGUGGUGAAAGGUGAAACCCUCCAGACGUUCUACCCAACAGGGAGCUCUCUGAAGAAAAUCCACGUUUCCAACGACUUCUCCACCUUCGUCACCAUCGACAACAUUGGCAUCCUGUACAUCCUCCAGAGGGUGGCGUGAGGACAGCGCAGACAACAAGCCACUACUUGAAACUACUAUGGUUUAUCGCAGAAAUCAUCGUUAAUAAACUGCUAGUCAACAACAUAAUCACCUGAAGUUCUCUGUGGCCACAUGCCUUUUAAUAAUCUGAGCUUAGACCAGAUUUAUGGAAAACUGACCCAGCGUCUGUUUUAGAAAGAAUCACUGAUGCCUUAAAUGAAAAGUACAUUUUACUUUU